GAAUGUUGUACAACACUGGCCAACAUCCGUACCGCCAUUACAUCAAUAAAUGUCAUCUGCACCGCGUCCCUCUAGAUCAAUUUUACAAAUAAUUUUGUACAGUUUUGGUAUUUGAAUAUAUUAUUAGGUGGGAGUGAGAAUGUCUACAAAGCGUAAAAAUACAUCGAGUCUUGAAAAAAGUCGUGGCAAGGCCAAGAAAGUCGAGUACGACGACGAGGAUAUUUCAAGCGAGCAUGAAUCCGACGUCGAGGACGCCGACGCCGGUUCAAAUGUCGACGGGGACGACGCCGUGGAAGACGCCGAUGAUUUGGCAGUUGUUGCUACAAUGCCGGAGCUCCCUCCUCCGGAAGGAGGAUGGGGUAAGCCAGGAACGCUGGCUAUGUGCGGCUUGACAAAUUGGGAUAUGAGCGGACGCAAGGCACCUCCGAAGGGGGUCAAAGCCACCGUAGGACGCAGCUUGUGGACUCCGCACACAUUCAAAAACUUGGAAGGCACUCGAGUCAGACUUGUUGCCUCAGGACCUGCUGCGUCACACAAUGUAGUCGUCACCGAAGAUAACAGGUGUUUGGUAUUUGGCAGAAAUGAUAAAGGGCAACUUGGUGUCGGCGACACUAAACGUCGAGAUGAACCGACUGAAGUGGAAACCCUAAAAGAUCACACAGUAAUAGCUGCGGCAUGUGGAAGGCAUCAUACACUGUUUUUAACCAGCCGUGGUAUUGUUUUUGCAGCUGGAGAUAAUAAACUUGGUCAGUGUGGUGUUGGUAAAUCAGAAACAUGCAUCGCUGCAGCAAUGAAAAUAAAGUAUAGCGGUCCUCCCAUAGUUAAAAUAGGAUGUGGUGUUGAUUUUUCCAUGAUCUUAGACAUUAAGGGAGGGCUGCAUUCUUUUGGCUGUCCAGAAUAUGGCGCUCUAGGCCAUAAUACGGAUGGUAAAUACUUUAUAACUUCCACAAAAAUGGCAUUUCACUUCGAAAAGGUUCCUAAACGGAUCGUUUUGUAUGUCGAGAGAGCAAAAGACGGACAUGUCACCCCUCUGGAUCGUGUAGAAAUUACAGACUUUAGCUGUGGAUAUCACCACACAGUUGCAAUCGAUAAUAAGAAUCGUGCAUUUUCUUGGGGCUUUGGAGGCGUCGGUCGCUUAGGUCAUGCCGAACAGCGAGAUGAGCUGGUACCACGAUUAAUAAAGUUUUUUGACCCCCCAAGUCGCGGUAUCAAAUCUAUUCACUGUGGGAGCACUUACAGCAUUGCAAUCAACGUACACGGAUCGGCUUUGAUGUUCGGGCAAACUAAACGGACAGGUGAAGCAAAUAUGUAUCCCAAACCGAUUCAAGAUCUAUCUGGAUGGGAAAUUAGGUGCGUUGGAUGUUCCCAAACCAGUGUUGUUGUCGCUGCCGAUGAAUCAGUGAUCGCAUGGGGUGCUAGUCCAACCUUCGGUGAAUUGGGCUUCGGUGAAAUGCGUAAAUCAUCAACAACACCGAUGGAAGUUAAGGCAUUGGAGGGUCUUUAUAUAACCGCGGUAACAUGCGGCUUAUCUCACACACUUUUCAUUUGUCGAGAUGAAUCAGACGAAGAAAAAGCGAAGCUUGCAAAACUUCAAGAAUAUUCGGUUUAAAUUGAUGAUGCACUUUCUACCUUUACACGAAAAAUUUUGUUGAGUAUCUAAGGUAUUGCAACUGUUCUUGAAGGAAUUGAUUAAUUUUAUGAGAAGUCUUGAGCGUGAUUGGUAUUAUCACUCAAGGCUAUCGAUCAGAACCUUGGAACGUAAUAUC